AUGGGUAUUAAACAGCUCUACCAGAUCAUCAAGGAGGAGGCGCCAAAUGCCAUCAAGGAGGGAGAUAUUAAGGCACACUUUGGCCGUAAAGUCGCCAUCGUGUCCAGGUCUAUGAGCAUCUACUCCUUCCUCAUCGCCGUGCGCUCCGAUGGCCAACAACUCAUGAACGACAGCGGCGAGACCACAUCACAUCUGAUGGGUCUCUUUUACCGCACGCUGCGCAUGGUCGAUAACGGUAUCAAGCCCCUCUACGUCUUCGACGGUGCCCCGCCCAAGCUCAAGUCUGGCGAGCUGGCCAAGCGAUUUCAGAGAAAGCAGGAGGCCAACGAGAGUCUGGAGGAGGCCAAGGAAACAGGUACAGCUGAGGACAUUGAGAAGUUUUCUAGACGUACAGUGCGCGUCACUCGUGAGCACAACGCCGAGUGCCAGCGAUUGCUGAAGCUCAUGGGUAUCCCAUUUAUCGUCGCCCCAACCGAAGCCGAGGCCCAGUGUGCUGUGCUGGCCCGCGCAGGCAAGGUUUACGCUGCUGCCAGUGAGGAUAUGGACACGCUCACCUUCGACACACCUAUUCUGUUGCGCCACUUGACCUUCAGUGAGCAGCGAAAGGAGCCUAUCCAGGAAGUUCACGUUGACAAAGUACUGGAGGGACUCGGCAUGGAACGCAAGCAGUUUGUCGACCUCUGCAUUCUUCUCGGUUGCGAUUACCUCGACCCUAUCCCCAAGAUCGGACCCUCGACCGCUCUAAAGCUCAUCCGCGAGCACGGCACACUGGAAAAGUUGGUGGAAGCUAUCAAGGAGGACCCGAAGCAAAAGUACACGAUCCCGGAGGACUGGCCGUACCAGGAUGCGCGGGAGCUUUUCUUCCACCCAGAUGUGCGUCCGGCCGACGACCCGCUCUGCGACUUCAAGUGGGAGAAGCCCGACAUGGAGGGUCUGGUACAAUUCCUCGUUACCGAGAAGGGAUUUUCUGAGGACCGCGUUCGUUCUGCAGGCGCCAGACUGGAGAAGAACUUGAAGAGCAGCCAGCAGGUGCGGCUGGACGGGUUCUUCAAGGUGAUUCCCAAGACGGACGAAGAAAAGGCAGCGGCAAAGCGCAAGCUGGAUGCCAAGAACGAGGAGAAGAAAAAGAAGCAAAAGCUCGAGAAGAAGGAGAAAGCGGCUGCCAAGUCGAAGCCUCGUGGGGCUUAA